UUCCGGGGUCGAAGGGUGCGCGGGGUUGAAAGCGGGCCGCUCCGCCCCGUCCCCCUCCCAGACCAGCAGAGGCAGCAGCCGGAGCAGCCGCAGCCUGCGCCCUCUCCCGCCCGCCCGCCCGCCCGCCCUCCGCCGCCCUCCACCCGCCCCGGGGUCUCUUUCCCCCUUCCUCCUCCUCCUCCUCCACCCCCCCCUUCCUCCUCCGCCCGCCCGCGGGGCCCCCCUCGCCUUCCCGCCCGCCCCUAUUGUUCCGCCCCCGGCCUCCCGCCCUUCCCAUUCCCGCCCGCUCCCCUUUUCCCCUCAGUCGCCUCGCGCCUGCAGUUUUUGGCUUUCACCCCCACCAGUGACCAAAGACUUGACCACUCAAAGUCCAGCUCCCCAGAACAGUGCUCGACAUGGACACCGGUGUGAUUGAAGGUGGAUUAAAUGUCACUCUCACCAUCCGGCUACUUAUGCAUGGAAAGGAAGUUGGCAGUAUCAUUGGAAAGAAAGGAGAAUCAGUUAAGAAGAUGCGCGAGGAGAGUGGUGCACGUAUCAACAUCUCAGAAGGGAAUUGUCCUGAGAGAAUUAUCACUUUGGCUGGACCCACUAAUGCCAUCUUCAAAGCCUUUGCUAUGAUCAUUGACAAACUGGAAGAGGACAUCAGCAGCUCUAUGACCAAUAGCACAGCUGCCAGUAGACCCCCGGUCACUCUGAGGCUGGUGGUCCCUGCUAGUCAGUGUGGCUCUCUCAUUGGAAAAGGUGGUUGCAAGAUCAAGGAAAUACGAGAGAGCACAGGGGCUCAGGUCCAGGUGGCAGGGGAUAUGCUCCCCAACUCAACUGAGCGGGCCAUCACUAUUGCUGGCAUUCCGCAAUCCAUCAUUGAGUGUGUCAAACAGAUCUGCGUGGUCAUGUUGGAGACUCUCUCCCAGUCCCCCCCGAAGGGCGUGACCAUCCCGUACCGGCCCAAGCCGUCCAGUUCACCGGUCAUCUUUGCAGGUGGUCAGGACAGGUACAGCACAGGCAGCGACAGUGCGAGCUUUCCCCACACCACCCCGUCCAUGUGCCUCAACCCUGACCUGGAGGGACCACCUCUAGAGGCCUAUACCAUUCAAGGACAGUAUGCCAUUCCACAGCCAGAUUUGACCAAGCUGCACCAGUUGGCAAUGCAACAGUCUCAUUUUCCCAUGACGCAUGGCAACACCGGAUUCAGUGGCAUUGAAUCCAGCUCUCCAGAGGUGAAAGGCUAUUGGGCAGGUUUGGAUGCAUCUGCUCAGACUACUUCUCAUGAACUCACCAUUCCAAACGAUUUGAUUGGCUGCAUAAUCGGGCGUCAAGGCGCCAAAAUCAAUGAGAUCCGUCAGAUGUCUGGGGCGCAGAUCAAAAUUGCGAACCCAGUGGAAGGAUCUACUGAUAGGCAGGUUACCAUCACUGGAUCUGCUGCCAGCAUUAGCCUGGCUCAAUAUCUAAUCAAUGUCAGGCUUUCCUCGGAGACGGGUGGCAUGGGGAGCAGCUAGAACAAUGCAGAUUCAUCCAUUAUCCCUUUCUGCUGUUCACCACCACCCAUGAUCCAUCUGUGUAGUUUCUGAACAGUCAGCGAUUCCAGGUUUUAAAUAGUUUGUAAAUUUUCAGUUUCUACACACUUUAUCAUCCACUCGUGAUUUUUUAAUUAAAGCGUUUUAAUUCCUUUCUCUGUUCAGCUGUUAAAUGCUGAGAUCCAUAUUUAGUUUUAUAAGCUUCUCCCUGUUUUGUUUUUCUUUUUUUUUUUGGCUCAUGAAUUUUCUGUUUGUCAUGGAAAUGUAAGAGUGGAAUAUUAAUACAUUUCAGUUUAGUUCUGUAAUGUCAGGAAUUUUUCAAAAAAAUUAAAAGAUGGACUGGA